UGUUCUUGGCUGAAGCCCUUCUGUAUUCUGUCUCUGGUUUCCAACCAAGGCUGCGGGUUGACUGUAUGCACAAGGCACAGAUUCCCAGAGGAGACCAAGAGGAGCGUUUCAGAGGAUGAGACACAGGAAUACAAGAGUAAAGAAAUCUUUCAGCUGAUGAUUAUAUGCUUGCUGACAGUCAACACCCAGAGCAGUGAAUGGAAGAGCAGGGUGGAAUCUCAAGGUUUGAUGUACGUGUUGUGAAACAAAGGAACAGUCUGCUUGCCCACAGGGAGAUUGCUUCCAGAGACACAACAGGGAGUCUAAAUUGCUUUGCUGAGGGCGAUUUAGCCCUAUGUAGCUAGACACCCAACAUCGCACAUGGUUUGACAAAUGCUGAGAGGUAAGUGCACAGUGCUGCUGACCAUAUUUUUUGCAAAGAGGACACGGUGGGGGUUCAGGUUUCAUUUGGAUAUCGCAUCUGUUUUGCUCAAGUUCCAUCUCCCGUUCCCAUAAGGAGACUGUUUACAGGCAACCUGCUGUCAACAUAACAUUGAGGCCAUCAGACUGAAAAAGAGAGAAGGCUCGAACCAACCAUGAUUCACUUUCUGAGCAAGGUACUUCAUUUUGGAGGUCAAUUGGUAGGCUGAAGUGUGAAGACAUUGUUAUUUGCUUUUAUUUAUUUUAUGGGGCGUUGGGUUCAAACUAAUGACUUACCGGCUACUUACAUCAACCAGAACUAAUAAAUGCAAUGCUUGGAUUGGAUUUUAUGAACGUCAAGGUUUGAACAUAAUUCUCCUGGCUCCCACAGUAGAGCCUGUGGGUUCUGUCUGGCCUCCAGCACAAAGACUACCAUCAUUUUGAGAAAAUGUCGAUGGCUCUGUGAGAAGGAGUAUGGCUGCUGGAAGAUUACUCCUCUAUGCUGGACUAUCCCUAGCCCUGUGUGCCCUAGGCAUGCUAGCCGUAGCGAUCUGCUCCGACCACUGGUAUGAGACAGAUGCUAGACGACACCGGGAAAGGUGCAAAGGCUUCACAAAUAGAAGAAUCGACCCAGGUUUCAUUUAUAACUCCAACAACAAUCUUCCGCUGAGGGCUAGCAGGUCGAAACUAGACCGCUGGGAGGGAAAGUUACUUCUAGCCAGGAACAGAAGGCAGCUUUUUGCAAUGAGCGCUGCCGAUGAGUGCAAUAGACAAUAUAAUUCCACCAACAUGGGCCUGUGGAGGAAAUGCCACCGACUGGGCUUCGAUCAAGAUAUUGAAGAUAUAAUUGCCAAAGGGGAGAUUGAGCGAUGCUCGUUUAUCAAGUAUCACUAUUCCUCAGCCACUAUACCCAAGAACCUCACAUAUAACAUCACCAAGACCAUCCGGCAAGAUGAAUGGCAUGCCCUCCAUUUACGCAGAAUGACAGCUGGCUUUAUGGGCAUGGCGGUAGCCAUCAUCCUGUUUGGAUGGAUCAUUGGCGUGCUGGGGUGCUGCUGGGACAGAGGGCUCAUGCAGUAUGUUGCAGGUCUACUCUUCCUCAUGGGAGGCACCUUCUGUAUCAUUUCACUGUGCACCUGCGUAGCAGGUAUCAACUUUGAGCUGUCCCGCUACCCUCGGUUCCUGUACGGUCUACCUGAUGACAUCAGCCAUGGCUAUGGAUGGUCCAUGUUCUGUGCCUGGGGGGGCUUGGGCCUAACUUUAAUCUCGGGUUUCUUCUGCACCUUAGCGCCCUCAGUUCAGCCUGUCCUGAGGACCAACUGCCCCAAAUCUCGCCCUGAGAAUGGAACAGUGUGCUAAAAACAUAUCUAUUUAGAGCACAAAUUGACAAAGGCAGGCCAUUCUACCUUUAAACUGAUGUGUGGACUACAGAUAUUUCCUUGUCGCCAUUCCUGUCCGUGCCUUGUUUGGAGGCCACAGGAGGAGUGAUGUCGGCAUAGGAGAGUCAAUGACUUCAACUCAUAGUGAUGGUAGAUCAAAGACCACAUCAUGGACUGUGUAUAUAAUCCAUCAUUAAUCAAUGCUUUUUGUUUUCCCAAUCAGGAUGCCAGAUGGUUCCUGCGCCGGUGUCCUUUGACCAUGAACCUCUAUUGUUACAUUCCCAUCUGUCACAAUUAUUAAUUUCAAAUCUCACUGUUCUAACCAACCUUACCUGAAAGCGAAAGACUGUUUUGGUAGAACAGCCCUAACAUGAACACCACUUUGGAGAUCUAACGUGGAAAUACUUUCAAAAGAACAUCCCUUUUCAUUUGGUGGAAGAGAUUUGAGAGGGAAAAGGAAGGAUAUAUAUUUAAUAUAUUUUUGAAUUUGGCAAACCCCAAAUUUUGCCCCUCUGUUUUAUCCCAAAUAUUGUCAACUGGUAAAAUUGACAAACGACAUUACAAUUUUGUGUGCUCCAUUAAAGCUGACAGAGACGUCUGUGAACAAGGUGAGAAACCAGAAGCCAAUUUUCACUCGAACCUCAGCUGCCUUAGCUGCUGCUUGGUGUCUAGGCCGGACAAAAAACCAAUGGCAAAAGCACAAGGCCUGACAAAAUUGACUGCUGUCUGUGUGUGUGCGCCAGUUAUGUUCACAUUACUGGAACUCUGGUUUUUAGGAAUUGCAAAAAAAAAUAAAAAAAAGACCUCCAGCUUCUUCAUAAUGUUGGUUUGUUAAUACAUGAAAUGUACAAGCUACGCGGACUCACUGGAGAGGUGAUAGAAUUAUAUAAAUGAAAUACAAGGUUACAGUCAUGAAAUUUAACAAUGGUGGAUGUUGAGGGAGGUUUUUAUUAAUAUGUCUAAUACAGUAGUGUCAAAUGGUACCCAAAUUUGUCAAAAUAUCAACAUUAAAUUAAUGAUCUGUAAAAUGUUGCUAAUGGAAAGCUGAAUUUGAUGAUUUAUGUAGUAUCAUAAUGGUAAUGGCUUCAUAUGGGGAUCACAAAACUCAAACAGUUGUUUGUCCCAAACUUUUCCUGUUUAGAAUAUGCUACUUGAAAAUGUUUACUCUGAUGCAAUUAUACAGUAUUUCUAUAGGAAAACAGUCUAGAAAAGCAGGGCAGGUUAAAAUUCUAGAAACCAAAAUUAAAACAUUUUUCCUCAAAAAUAAAUCCACAAAACCUACAAAUACAUUGUUGGGUGGAGCAUAGUUGUUUACAUCAAAUAUGUAGAUGUCACUGUACUUCAUAGUCAUGCUUUGAAAAGACGGUGCUUAAAUAAAAUGUGGAGUCUCACGUCAUUUCAUUUAAUGAUAUGCCUCAAAGGCAUGCAAAGCUUUCCCAAUACUUGAAAUUGCUUUCCAAUGAUAUGUUCUGGAAACGCCAGCUGCUCAGCUAUAAUACACAGGCUAGGUGUUCUUACCACCCACUGCACACUACUUGAUUUAUCUCAUAGAUAGAUAGAAAGAGAGAAAGGAUAUUGCAGAUGUAAUGAGAGGGUGAAGUCACACCCAGCGGCAUGAGUAAGAGUCUAGCAGCAUCAAGGGAACAAUAGUUUACAUGGUAUUUUAUGGAAAACUGUAUUCUAUCCACUGCAUUGAUGUAAUCACUGAAAGAAUAAAUAAAAAACUUCUAAAAAA